CAUAGCAUGCUGGGAUUCCUCUCUCCAUCAUGGCGGAGCAAAGAGCAGGCUAACGUUAACGGUUAGCAUAUUCAACAACUGCUUGAUUUCGCGCAAUUUAGCACAGUACUCGUCUGCCUUUUUAUCUACACGAACUGGAGCCAUUUAACAUAAUCUGGCAUCGAUUAAGAGAGAUCCACUCCAGCAUCAUUAAGAGCGUCCUUUACCACAUUUCUGUGCUGCCGUAAUGGAAUGUGCCGUGGAUAUUCCAUCAGGUGAAGAUGAAGCGCCUGGGAAAGAUGAUAUCAAUGCCAAGGAAGGUACUGAGGUACCCCACAAGAAAAACAAGAAGCAUAGAAAGCACAAAAGCAAAAAGAAGAAAAGGAGGAGAAAAGGCGAGAAGGAGAGCAGUUCAGAAUCUGGCGCCGAGUCAGAUGUAGAGCCUCCACCUCCACCGAGAAGGACCACUAGAGCCAGUGCCAGAUUGGCAGCAGCGGCUGGACCUGAACACGUUGGACUGAAAGAAGAGAGGAGAAAAGACACAAUUACAGAGGCAGAUGGAGGCUCCAAACCCAAAAAACAUAAAAGGCAAGCUGCGAAAAAGAAAAAAAAGAAGAGAAAGAAAGAUGAAAGGCAAGAAAAGAAAUCCUCCCGCUCACCAUCCGACAGCAGCUCAGCUUCAGGUUCUGACUCUGAAGGUGAAGGAGGUAAAACAGCUGGCAAUGGGAAACAUUCUCCAGCUGUUCCGUCUGACCUCAAGGAACCAAUAUCCCAACCAGAACCAAAAGGCACCCAAGUGGAAGAGCUAGUAGAUCCCAUCUUAUCACAGAAGCCUGAAUUGCCUGAGGUAAAGAAGGAAGAGAUAAUGGAUGUAGAUGUUCCCUGCACAGAAGAGGCGGUUAGUGGCACCAAUGAAAUAGAAAAGGAUAAGAGAUCUCCCUCUACUGGCCAAGAUGAGAUAACACAAACAGAUACUGUUGAGGUUAAGAUUGAGAGCAGUUAUGGAGAUGCCAAAUUCAUGCAUGCUCAGGAAUUACCUGACAUUAUCCCAAAACAAGAAGGUGGUACUCCAAAAGAUGAGCUAAUCCUGAAAGAUCGGGCCAGUUUACCGCAAGGGGCAAAGGUCAAGGACCAUGAUUCUCCCAGGUCUUUAUCUCCUUCUAGGGGCUUAGAAAUAAAGAGGUUAGAAUCAGGCCCCAGUCGUUCACUGUCACCCUGUCUUAGCAAGCAAGAAGCUGCAGUUCACUCAGAAGAAUAUAAGAAAGAACGUUCUAGAACCCAUUCUAGGUCAAGCUCAAAGGAAAGGCUGUCUUCAACUCCUCAGAAGAAUCGAAGGCUCUCUCAGUCCAAGUCCCUCUCUCCCUCUCCUAAAUCCAAGAGAAAAUCGUUCUCUCCAUUCCAAAAGUCGCAGAAGAGAUCCAGCCGUCGAUCCCGAUCCACCUCUCUCUCUGUCACUCCAGUGAAGAAGGGGUCAAAAUCUCUGAGCAAGUCUAAGUCGCCUAAACGACAGAGUAGGUCUUUGUCUGUUUCCCCGAAGCGACGCAGAAGUUCUCCCUCUCCCAAAAGAAAAGUGUCACGAUCCCCUAAGCGCGGAGGGCGGAGGUCCCCCUCCCUGUCUAGGUCUCCAAGAAGACGGCGAAGGUCAAAGUCCCGUUCCCGUGGAGGUAAAAGGCACUCCCGGACUCGGUCACCAAGGCGAGGUGCUGCAGUUGGUCGACGCUCAUUGUCACGUUCCAUCACGAAACCCCGCCGCUCUCACUCUAGGUCUAGACGCCCUGUUGGUCGCGCUAGAUCAAGAUCAACAGCAAGGCGUGCAGGAGGCAGACGCUCUAGGAGUCGAUCCUUUUCUCGCCGAAAGAGGUCGCCACCACCCAGAUCCCACCGUUCACGAUCUCGGUCAGCUCGCAGAAGUAGACGAACCCGUUCACGAUCUGCUGUAAUGCCUAAGCGCAGCCGUCGCUCCAGAUCCAGGAGUCCUCGCAAACGGACCAAAUCAAGAAGCCCUCCCUCCCGACGGCGGUCCAAAUCUCGUUCAGCAGUCAGAAGACGUUCUCGAUCUCCCGGAAGGAGGAACCGUUCACCACCGAGGUCUGGCAAGCGCUCAAAGUCCCGUUCUUUGUCUCGACGACACCGAUCAACGCAGCUGAGCAAAAGGAGGUCAAAAUCUCCAAGAAAAAGUGGAAAAAGGUCGAAGUCUAAAUCAGUCUCUGGGGGUUUGAACAAAUCUAAAUCCAGGUCUAGGUCUGAAUCAAGUGAUGGAAGGUCUGAAAGUUCAUCUUCAGCCAGAUCCAUAUCUUACACACCAGUUAAAGAGAAGAAGGCUUCCCCUCCUGCUAAAGAGAAGACACCCGAAGAAAAAACUGUUGAAGAAAAUGGAGCACCUUCUGUUGAAGCAGCAGGUGAUCAGAAACCAUUGCUCUCCGCAGCUGACGCCAGUUCCCAAAGUGGGAGUUCCUCGGAUAAGAUGCAAGAUCAGCCCAUUCAGUUUAAAGAUGUGCGUGCUCCCAGUUCAAGAUCUGCUUCUCGAGAGCCAGGCAGUGGGUCAGAUGCCUCUGAUUCUUCAGAGGGGUCAGAUGACGAUGAGGAAUCUCCAAUCAAAGCUGUGUCAAAAAGCAAGAAAAGCUCCUCAGGUUCAGCAUCUCCAGAAGUACCAAAGAAGCAGCUUUCCAAGUCACCCUCCCCUACUGAUCGCAGAAAGCCGUCUCGCUCAACAUCUAAGCCAGCAUCCAGAAGAAAGUUGUCCAGGUCCAAGUCUCCAGUUCGGAAAAGAGACUCUGUCUCUCCAUCACUGAAGAAAAAGCGACGUUCCAAAUCUCGGAGUCCAGCCCGACGGCGGAGAUCACGUUCACGCUCUACCACACGGCGCAAACGUUCCAACUCCAAGUCACGAACCAGAAACCGUCGGUCCAAAUCCCGUUCUCCAGCUCGCAAGAGACGAUCCCGUUCACCAAAUGCUUGGGGAAGGAGGAGGUCCAAAUCUCCGGAUAGGAAUAAGAGGUCUAAGAGCCGCUCUGCAGGCAGGAGGAAAAGAUCCCGAUCAGCAGACAGAAGCAGGCGAUCACGGUCCCGCUCCUCAGAUCGUAGACGUAGGUCAAGGUCACGGGGUCGAGGAAGACGGCCAGUAUUUCGCAGUCGUUCAUUUGACAGAAGAGACAGAUGGAAGAGGGAACCAAGCCACUCUCCAGUCGUCAUUCUUCGUAAGCAACGGCGCUCAGGGUCCCGAUCACGACACAGCGCUAGCAAGACGCCUCCAAGGCUCACUGAUCUGGAUAAGGACCAGUUGCUUGAAAUAGCCAAGGCAAAUGCUGCUGCCAUGUGUGCCAAGGCAGGGGUUCCUAUUCCUGAGAGUCUCCGGCCAAAAGCCAUUCUUCAGCUGCCUCUCCCGACACCAUCGCCUGCGCCGAUUUCAUUACCUUUACCUUUACCACUUCCAAUGGGCAUGGGAAUGCCAAAUAUGUCCAACAUGGGUCCAAUGGGGUUAUCGAGUAUUCCUGGAAUGCCCACUAUGUCAAACAUCACCAUGAGUGCUGCUGUGGCAAGCAUGACAGCAGCCACCAUGACUGCUGCCUUGACCAACAUGGGUGCCCUGGCAGCUAUGCCACCCCUUGCCCCUCUUCCCACCAUUACUAAUAAACCACCCCCUAGCCUCGUGCCCCCAACACCAUCCCUAAACUUGGACCACAUCGAGGAAGCAAAGAGGAAAGUCACUCAGCAGGCCAACAUACAUACAAUUAAGGAACUCACAGAGAAGUGCAAGAUGAUUGCAAAUAGCAAAGAGGAGAUGGCUGUUGCUAAGCCCCAUGUGUCAGAUGAUGAAAGUUAAAACCAUCAAGACCACAAGUCCUGAGGCCGUGAUCCAGCUGAGAUGAGGAGGCGUGCUGCAGAUUUCUACACAGACUUGUUCGGGGCUGACCUUUGUGAUGAGGAUUCAGCUGCAGAGCUUCUCCAGGGGCUUUCCCAGCCCCAGCUGAGUGUGAAGUGGAGUGUCAAAAGCCACUGAACUUUGAUCUAAUGCUGGAUGAACGUUUGACUGAUGUGUUUCGGAAGGCCUCUAGUAAAACACCUGGAACGGAUGGUUUACCAAUAUACUUUCUAAAACAGUUUUGGAGUUUUUUGGGGCUGGAUCUUUUGGCGGUUUUAACAAGGGGUUACUUCCAUCUUCUUCAAGACAUGCAGUGUUGUCACUGCUGCCAAAAAAGAGUGAUUUAGCCCUUUUGGAUAACUGCAGUCCAGUGGUUCUUGUAUGUACUGACUAUAACAUUCUUUCUAAAGUAUUAUCAAAUAGACUCAAAUUAUUCAUUGACAAUUUAAUAGCUCCUUAUCAGACCUACUGCAUUCCAAAUAGAUCUAUGUUUGAUAAUUUGAUUCUUUUGAGAGAUGUUUUUGAAUUAUGUAUUUUCUACAGUGUCAGGAAAAAGGAAAAAGCCUUUGAUCAUGUAGAUCAUGUUGUUUUUUUCCAUACUUAAGGCUUUUGGGGUUGGUGAAGGGUUUGUGGCCUAGACAAAAUUGCUGUACACUGAAGCGUGUUGAGUGAUAAAACAGGUAGUGGGGUGACCUGUCCUAUUGCUAUUGGGAGAGGAAUCAAAAAGUGCUGUGCCCUCUCUGGUCAGUUUUGCAGUAUAGACAUUGAACCUUUACCGAUUAGGCUGUGACGGCAUUUAAAUGGUUUUACAAUGCCUGGGUUUGUGCUACCCUCUAGCAUUGUUGUGUCAGCAUAUGCUGAUGAUGUUAGCUAUCUCAGCUGUCCUACAGGGCAAGAGCUUUGAUUGCAAAUAAUCUGGUUGUGUCAUCUCUUUGGCACAGACUCAGUGUUGGUUCCACCGCCUGGUCUUGUGGAAGGGGUGCAGAUGCUCCUGGUAAUUUUUUCUGGUCUGGUCACCCCUGGCUGAAAGCAUCAGUUUUAAAUCUCCCUGUGGCAGAAGGUGGCCAAGGACCUGUGGACAUUUCAGCCAGAAUUGCAGCGUUCAGACUGCAAACUUUUUAGAGACUGCUCUAUGGCUGUGACUUCCCUGGUUGGGUCCUGCACAGCUGCUUCUGCAGAAGGCUGGUCGGCUUGGACCUGAUGAGGAACUUCUUCUUUUGAAGUCUGCUGGAGCUGACGCUACUGGGCUCACUUAUUUUACACCUCAGUGCUCGAUGCCUGGCGGACUCUGAAGGUUCAGUGGGUUCAGUUUCCAGAGAUGAAUUUUUGCCUUUUGAGGAGUCGUCCUUUUUUAAUGACUUUCUCUCUAGUGCCAUACUUGACUGUACAAAAGUGAGGACCAAGUUUAUUGAGGCUGAAAUUGUUAAACUGGAGAGGUUGGCUGGCAUCAUGUCCGUCAGGUCCUGGAGAUUUUUGGCUAGGAUUAUCGAGGAAGUCUAAAAUACCUUGUUUGUACCAUUGAGGGCCUUUGUUGAUAAACAUACUCUAUGUGACCCAUGGAGUGAUGACAAUGAGUAUGUGUUCCCUUCUCUUUAAGCUAGUUCUGUGAUGGACGGAUGGCAGGAGGAGAGUGAGCUGCUCUUGACCUUUAAAACAUUAGAACUUGGUGUGUUUUUCAGCUGUGGAAAAAAAACAGCUUGGUGAAGGUGCUGGACAGGCACUCUCUGUUUGGGGUCAAAGGGUCAAGGAGGACCCCAGUUUUUUUUGCAUCAGGCUGUAGCCCCAAAGGUUGCUGAGGGGUCCUGAAUAAGCCUCCUUUUGAAAAACAGGUUGGUGAUUUCCAGUGUAGGAGGAUUGUAUGGAGCAGUAGCUACAAACAGACAUAGAGCCCACUUUGACCGAAGCACUGCAGGAGGUUGUCUUUUCUGUGAUCAGGAAACCUUACAGAACUUUUUUCUUUCUUGUUCAAGGUUAUCCGCUCUCUUUGAAUUUUUAAGCAAAUGGGUCAGUUGUUGAGACGUUUUCCACACCCCUUCUUAUCUUUGGACCAUGGUAUGCAGUCAAAACUUAGCAAUAUUUCAGGGACAUGGUUCUGCUGUUUCGGGUGACAGGUUUAAACCGCUUUAAAGAGUUAGUCUAACAGCAUGUAUAAAUUCUGCUUGUGAAGAUCAAAUAUAUUUUCAUUGAAUGUUACAUUAAAACCCCAAAGAAUAUUUAGGGAACAUUUCCCAAAGGUUCUCAGGUUACUGUAUGACAGUUGGAGAUACAGUCAAGAGAAUCUUUAUGGAACAUUCCCGGAUAGUUUCCAGAAAGCCGCAUUAUCAAUGUUCAAAAUAAUUUGCAGUGAACCUUUAAGGUAGUGGUGUCAAAACAUCAUAAAAAAAGGGUCUAUCUGCAUUAACUGCCUGUGCCAAAUUUGUAUCAUUCUUCGGGGGUAGCUCCUGGUUUAGGGAGUGCAGGUUCUCUAAAGCUUGCAUUUUAAUUUUUGUAAAUAACUUAGAGAAACUAUUUAAUUAAUGUUCUCUAAAGGUUACUUUGUGAAAGUUGUAUAUAAUCUUUAGUCAAACCUUGAAGACGAUUUCAUGAGAGAUCCCCAAAUGUUGCCCUGUCAAUGCCUUUUCAGCCAUUGCUUCUGAGGUUUUGGGAUUGUUUCUGAUUUAUUUGAUUUCUGCCAUGGGAAAACCUCUUCUCAAUUACAAAUGAUAUUGAGCAUAUCAGCACAAGUAUGGAUGCAGCCUUUCAAAAAGUAGCGAUACCCUGUCUGUCCUGACUUUAAAGCUCCUAAAUGCACUUUUUAUACCCAGUGUUUUAGCUGGCCCAUUCAUUUUCUACACCAGCUUUAUCCCCGAAGGUCGCAAGGGUCUUUUGUUUCAGGUGUCCAACAUUUGCAACCUCAUUGUCUGAAGCUUAAGUAAAUACAUUUUGAAAAUAACAACCUUUAAGCAGGCAUAAAACGUACCUUUCAAAAAUUCACAUUUCUGUAUUAAAAAGGUUUGGUGUAGGCUGUAAGCAGAAAAUCAUCAUUAACAGAAAUAAAGGCAUGAAAACAUCAGUUAGUGUAUCAGUUAUAUGUGUUUCUCAUAAUGAGCCAAAUUACUGAAAAAAAUAAAUUUUUCAGUUUUGUUUUAGCUGUACAUGGUUCUGUUUUUGGACACUUUCGUUGUCUUGUGAAUCAAUAAUGUGUUCUAAUGUGACAUAAAUAAAAGUUGUUUAAAGUCUUU